AUGGACAGAAAAAAUCAAAAUUCUGGAAUUUGUUACUCAAACUUGCCGGAAAGUUACAUCAAACCCGAAUCCAAGGGACGCAGACUAUCUGAAGUUUCUGAAUGCGAAAACAUCCCUACUAUUGACUUGGGUAGUGGUGACAGCAAGCUUGCUCAACAAAUAGGCGAUGCCUGCAAGUGUUUUGGCUUUUUCCAGGUGAUCGAUCAUGGAAUGAGUUUGGAAGAAGUUGAGAAAACGUUAAAAGUGGCGCGUAAGUUUUGUAGGCUGCCAGUUGAAGAGAAGCUUAAGCGUUAUUCAGCUCAAAAGUUUGUACCAGAUGCCCAGCAAAUCCUUCUUCCUUCAGGAACAUCUGUUUUCCUCUGGAAUUUGUCAUAG